GCCAUUUGCUAUAUUCUGUCAUUCUUUUAAUGUUAUUGGAAUAAAAUUGUUUUGUUUUAGAUUUCUCGGGCCAAUAUAUCUAGAAACUAAGUGUCUAUUCAUCAAAUUGUUAUUUAAAAUUAAUUUAUAUUCAAUAAGAAGUUAAAAUGUGCCGGAAAUUAUAUAAAUUAUCAUCAUAAUGCAGAUGAACCACAUGCAUUUUGUAAUACUAUCUACUAGCAGAAUUAUUUUUAUCAUCAAGUUGUAAAAUGAACACAUUAUGUCUUAUUUGAGUACGUCGGAAAAUGUGGGUUUCAGUGGCAUUCCACAAAACAUAUCUGAUGCAAGCUGCGCCACGCAGUAUAAAAUGGCAGUGGAGGGUGUGGCAGGGAGUGAUGUUAACAUGUUCAUACAUGACAGUUCAGGAGAUGAGCAGACAUAUGUAACACACCUCAAUGACAAUUUCUUUCAUACCAAAUUUAAAAUAGAUCCCAACGAAUUGUACACGUUCCAUGACUCUGAUGUCAUAGCAGGUGAAAUAACUGUAAGUCACACAGAAGAUGCUUUUAUUUAUACAGACAAUGUUGAUGUCAAAAGUAAAAUGAUAGAAAGUCCGAACAAGGAAGUAGAUCUCAUAGACACACUUACAAAUGGUGACAUUAAGGAUGAAAUCAAGAACGAGGUUAUAUCUAAUGGUCACUAUACAUCCAUUGCAAAAACAGCUACUUACAAAGACAGUAAGACUACUAAUACCAAAGUUUCAAAAACUAAAAGCCAUAGUCAGGUGACUCAAGAGUCCCGAAUAAAUUCAGUUAGUGAAGUACGCCGACCAAGUGUUCAUAGCCCUAAGGGUGGGAGUGUGGGUACAGUACAUACUCCUAGUGUGAAAACCAGUAUUAAUAGUGUUAAUUCCAACAAUGUUAAGACUGUGUCUGCUAUAAAACAGACAGGACAAGAAACUUUUUUGGAUGUCUAUAAGAGGGAACAAGGGUUAGUGGAGAAUGGUCCGGCAGUAAACAAAACUGAAGAUACAAAACCUACUAUUAAAAUUCCAGCUCCUGUCAAGAAAACACCAUCAGGAAAAGCGUCGCAAGCGAAAUCUCGACGUGGUCGUGGACCGGCAGUCCAUGAAGCGCUACAACGGAUACCGCCGCAGCGAGCAGUGCCCGUGCUGAACCGCGCCUGGCACGCACCCGGCGACGAAUUGUUCGCGUGUGGCCCACUCGAUGGCCGCAGGCCACAUUGCCGCCAACUAGACAGCAGCAGCAGCGACGACGAUUAUAUGCCUGAUUUUGACCCGGGCUGGGGCCCGGUGUGUGUAGAGGAGAGUGCGGCGGAGAGUCGCGGUGCACGACUAGCGCUGCGCCGCGGCGCGCUGCGGCGGCACGUGGCUCGCGCCCGCGCCGCCCUGCGGCUUGCGCCUUCGCAUACGCACCACCGGGCGCUGGUUGCCUUGAUCAAGAAACAAUUGAACAAUCAAGAUUCACCGUGUCGACUACCGACGUCAACAGUCAACCACUUGCUAGCAAUGCGUGGUAUGCCGACAUUGCUAUCACUACAGGAGCGCAGGCAACUUAGGGAAAGUGGAUGGUCUGGUGGCGAGAGUGGUUCCGUGGAGCACCUAAUGGGUAAUACAUGUGCUGAAGAGAGAUGUACUGAACAGCCGGUACCAUGCGGCCGGUAUUGCCUAUCGCAUGUCACGUUAGCACCCGAACAGCGGCUGUACGCAGCAUGUGCAGCGGUCUUCGCGGGUGGCAUUCGCUGUAAACAGCCGCUGUUACCGCUGCAGGAUCAAACGCCAUUAUGUCCAGAGCACGCGUGGAAAAGGGAUAACUAUGACAAACUAAGCCGAGAUUGUCGGCCAAAGAAGGCUGUCCGCAAGCGAGCAUGGGUCGCACCGGUGCGGCCCCCGCGGCGGGCGAAGCGCCGCCGGCGGCCGGCGCGGGCCCGGCCGGAGCCACCCGCCACCACCGCCGCCCCACAACCGCCCCAGGCGCUACCUGCACCACCGCAAUCUGAUCAAUCUCUGUCAGAGAUAAACGUUUGUUCAAACUCAUCAACGUACGACAGUUCAGAGGAUACCGCCAUGGGCGCACUUAGUGAAAAUGAAUACAUUCCUGUGGCAAGCAACUCCCAUGAACUUGAAGUGGAGGUGGAACAAGUGCCGCACGAUGACAUUCUAGAUCCUGCCGUACUCAGUCAAAUUCCAGACGAAGCAUUCACAGAGUUUUUCAAUCAAGCUGAGGGUGGUGCGCCAUUCGCGGAGAGUUCCGAGCUAGCGGCGGCACUAGAAGCCGUACUGGAUGAGCGCGCGCUCGAUUCUAUAGCGGACUGCGUGUUCACCGCACAGCCGUCUCAUCCCUCGAAUCCUUCGCAUCUCUCGAACCAAGCCGCUAACACUAAGAUGCAAGUUCCGACUUCAAUGACCAUGGAGAUGUCGUCGAGCACGCCGUCAUAACAUUGUAAUUUUACAUAUUUUAUGUUAAGCUAAACUAAACUCUAUGUACUAUAAUACUUAGGAACAAAUUUGACAUUUAUAGUCUCAAGAGUUAAAACUAUUUUUUCUUCAUGCUUUAAGUUUCUGUGUGAUUCUGUGGCGACGGUUGCAAUACGGAAGAUGCGUUUUGUGAUAAGGAGCAUCCUAUGUUAACGCUGUGUAAGUGAUGUAUAUACCUAGAUUAUGUUGAAAUCAUAUUGACUGUAACGCAUCUAUGCUUGUGCACUAUUAUGUAGGUACAAUCAGAAAGAACAAACUAACGAGCAAGUUUGUUUAUGAGCAAUAAAUUACUAGGUUACACAGUAAUGUCUGCCAAAAUUGUACACAAUUCAUUAAUAACACUAGAUGUCGCGUGCGACUUCUGUCGCUUUCAUAUUUAGUUAUAUUUUUUAUUUAAAAAGGAUUUUAGGCCGUACUGUUUAUUUUGCACGUUAUGUAAUUAUCUGAAACAAUUGUGAACCGAUUUUAAAAUCUGUUUUUAUAAUUGAUAUGGUUUACUUCCUUGUUGGCUCUACACCAAUCGCCACCAUAUAAAUAGCUCUUGUUAUAAAAAUACAAAAAAAAAAAUUAGCUAAGGAAUGACUAGUUUCUUCUUGCAGUUUUGUCUGGAUGGAACUUAUCACUGGAUCCCGGGUCUAUAUAAACGCAAUAACUGAAAAAAAUUGAAUAAAUUUUCAUACUGAAUUUUAUAUAUACACAUAGUCGAUUUGCUAUGUAUAAACGGUUCCGUGUACCUAAUAGGAUUUUCGAGUAUUUAACACUUUUCUUUCAAUAUUUCUUCUGCCAAUAAAGAUAGCAAUAAGAUCUCAUUUUGUACUCUAAAACUUAUUUGUUACAUCUAAUAAUGUGUUAUUGGCGAAUAAAGUGUGUAAAUAAAUUAAUAAAUAUUUACAUAUAACCACAAUACAUGUUAAUAAUAAAACAUUUUAAGAAAAUAUUUUAAUUAUAUACUUGUAAUUAAACCGUUAUAUCCAGACAAAGGGCAUCAUGACCUUUGUCGUCUCAUUGAAUAGGUUGUUGAUUUAAUUCUAUUAUUAUUUUUUUUUUUAUUAUAAUAUGUAAUUUCUUAUGAACUGUCAUAAAAUUAUUAUUUCAUCUUGGUUAAUCUAAAGAGGAUGGUAGGGUCAUCCUUUAACAUGUUAGAUUUAAAUAAACAUUUGAAGAAAUACGGGAGAAACCAGCAUAUUGUUCACCAGAAAAGCAAAUUUUGCUAUAUGGAGAAUCUAUACGUAUUUAAUAUUUUAAACUACUAUUCAGAUAU